GGUAAAUAUUUAUGAUAAAUUUAUAUAAUAACUAAAUAGUUUUAUUUGAUUUUAGUCAGAUUUAAUUAAACUUUUCAAGAUUAGCAGAGCCCCCAUUGCUUCCAAACAGGCGAGUUCUACUUACAAAUCUGUAACCCAAUCAUCUUUCUAAACUGAUCGGAUAGCCCUUUUGCUGAAAUUCCGCUCCGAUUUGAUCGUCUUUUCUUCUUGCUUGCACUGCACAAUUAGUUUUAGGAAUCGCUUUGGUGGCUUCUCAUCACGCACCCCACCUGUUUGUUUUAAUGCCUGUUUGAUUUUUUUUAUCAUUAUUUCGGCUGUUGGGAAUUGACAUGGAUUCAGUCUGAGUCAGGGUGGGUAGAAUUGGGAAAUGGCGAGCUACCUGUGGAGGAAAUACGCUGAUUAUGUGUACACAAAGUGGGAGAGAACGCUUCUGUGGGAUAUGAUCGAGCCUUACAAGCGUCCCAAGUCGUUUACCCCUCUCAUCACCCUCUAUGUCUGUGCUUUUUACACUGGGGUUAUUGGGGCUGCCAUCAAAGAGCAGCUCUACAAGGAGAGAUUCUGGGAUGAGCACCCUGGGCAUGAUGUUCCAUUGAUGAAGCCGAUGUUCUAUAAAGGGCCUUGGAGAGUUAUGAGAGGGGAUGUUCCUGCAUUCAUCAAGAAAUAGUCAGCUACGAGUUAGUCGUUGCUACUCAGUUUCUUCACUCUACAUGCCUAACAAGGAACUGCAGCAUCAUGUUUGCUCUUGUGAUACUUAGUCAUGGAUAGUUGUAUGUCGUCAUAAAACUGCAAACAGAUUAUGGUCAUUUACUAGAUAAUACGAAUAAUCUUGUAUGACGAUGAAUUGAUGAUCCCCAACUUUAUUUGGUCUCUGUUACUCAUUUAAUAUAUGAUGCCAUGUGAUUGAGCUUA